GGACCCGUCCUUCCGCGGGAAAGGCCUCUGUGAGUUAAUGACGAAGCCAAUCGAAGCUUUCGACAUACAAAGGGACUUCGUGGACGACAAAGAUUACGACUUUUACGAAGUGGACCGCAACAGCUUGGAGCCACACUGCCUCGACACACUCCGAGGGCCAGGCCUGUUACAUUCGGGGUUUCUAUCCUCAAAACCCAGUCGGAUGCCAGAUUUCCAAUGGGAUAGGAGGGACUGGUACGAGAACAGGUAUAAUUAUGACAGGUAUAAUGAAGACAGAAGAGGUUUAAGGCAUAAUGGACGGAGGGGAUAUGACGACAGAUUUUUCGUUCCCUAUCAAAUUGGUAUGGGCAGGAGCAAUGAUGAUCAAGAAAACUGGGGGCAAUAUGGUGGUUAUUAUGGGGGUUACGAUACUUACUACAAAGAUAGGAAUGACUAUUACAAGUCUAUAAACCACUGGCGACUGGCAGACGACAUAGGUCGAUCGUCCUAUGGUGUCAAACCAUAUCACAACACGAAUUUCGAUUACCACAAUUUGGGGAAGAAUCGUUUAUGGGAGAGUCACAGAUAUGGUUAUGGAUCUUGGAAGAGAGGCCGCUGGAAUAGUUCUGGAGUCAGUAGCUGGAAUAAUCUGGACUAUGGGGAGUCCAAUUACCUUGACAAGCCAAAACAUCAUUAUUAUGAUGACAGGAACGAAGAUCCGAGCGGUAAAGAUUGUUCCUCCCGUCGAAGACCAGGCAUGUCCUUAGGAUCGGGUGCUAUAAGACGGUCGCUUAUAGCCCACAACGUGGUCGAGUGUGAGGCUGCCUGCUUUGGUGAGAGGGAGUUUAAAUGCGUCUCCUACAGUUAUAGAUAUUCGAGUUCUCGAGGCACCGACAAUUGUUUCCUAAGUGAGAGACCGUACAGAGGGCUGGAGUUGUCAGCAGAUAGCGGUUCAGAUGUGUACGCUAUGCCACAGGAUCAGGGGUGCUCCACCAUCAGUCAUAAACCUUGGGUCGAAAGCGAAUGUUUCUGGCAUGUGCGUUCCGGCGCUGCGGUCAGUGGUGCCGCUGUUAGAGGAGCGAUCACAGUGGCCGGACUCGGUGCGUGCGAGGCAGAAUGUAUUCGCGCUCACGGAUUCUUCUGUAGAGGAUUUAGUUUCAGAUUCGACGCACCAACGAUAGGCGAUGACUUGGAGAACUGCAUUCUGACGUCUUCUCCACCAACCUCGUUGGAGACCAACAGAGGACUCCGGCCCACGGCUGGACAUGAGUUGUACUCGAGAGGAAACUAUGGGAGGGGCUGUGAACCAGCUCUGUAUGAUGAUACACAGCACAGAGAGACGGAAUGCUACCUCCAAUAUGACAGUGCGGCGCGAUUGAAAAGCUCAGCAGUUCGAGGUUCAGCAAGGGUUCGGACCGAAGAGGCGUGUGGAGUCGCGUGUACUGAUGCUCCCUUCAGAUGUCUCUCCUUCUCUUUUAAUAACAAGGCCCCGCCAGACAUAGACAACUGUCUUCUAUCGGAGAUCAGGCUCUUCGACUUGCAGCGAGGAGUCGACUAUGAACAUUCGGUCGACGACUGGCUCUUCGCCUUUGAUCUUUUCAACGGCCAGUGCUGGAGGAAAGUGCAUGGGAAGAGCGAGUAUGAUGAUCCGUCACAUGAACUGCCGCGUCCUUUGUCCCCAACCUUCGAAGACCAUCCCACAGGCCCUGGCAGGCCAGGAUAUUUGCCCUCGGGUGGAGAUUUGCCGUACGCACCUACUGGUCCACCAAGUGGGCCUGGAUACAAACCCGGAUAUGUUGAACCUGAACCACCAUCGAAACCAGGGUAUCUUGAGCCAUCCGGUCCAAAUUACAAACCUGGAUAUCCGGAGCCUAGCGGGCCAGGUUUUAAGCCUCCAUAUCCUGAACCAAGUGGACCAAGUUAUCUACCUGAACCAAGACCCGGUUAUCCAGUACCUAGUGGACCAGGUUAUAAACCCGGUUAUCUACCGGAACACAAUCAUAAACCUGAUUACAGGCCUUCUGGACCUGAUUAUCCAGAACCAGGCUACAAGCCUGGUUUUCGACCGGAGCCGAGCGGACCAAGUUAUCUACCGGAACCCGGAUAUAAGCCAGGAUUCAGACCGGAGCCUUCUGGGCCCGGUUUUAAACCUGGAUACCCGCCAGAUUCUGGUUUCAGACCGGGAUAUCCGCCUUCUGAGCCGGAUUACAAGCCCGGCUAUUUACCACAUGAGCCCAGACCAGAGUAUGGGCCGCCAAAGCGACCUCACAAACCAGUUUAUCCGAAUGAUAGAGAAGACGGACUUAUUGCGGUAUCUUGGAGACAUUAUACAGUAUCUGGAUUCCCUUGCCGGUCUGGCACUUCAUGCGCCCAGAACCAGGUAGCUGGUCAUUGGGCUUGUGAACCUGAGGGCGGUGAAGUUGGAUCAUGGGAUUAUUGUUGUGCACCGACACAUCGAUGCGGCUAUAGUGAAGGAUUCCAUAAACCUUGGUGCUAUGUAGGCCCAACAGAAGAUCAAUGGAGGCCAUGUAGCGAAAAGUACUACCCAUACCAUCAACACAACACCCCUCAUCCUUCUCAAGGACAUAGAGAAGAUCAGCCCCGUCCGUACCCGAGCAGACCUUGGAGAGGAAAACCCCCAACUGAUGACAGAGAUGGGCCAUUCCUCGGACCAUACUUGUCAGAGAAUGAUCGAAAGUAUUGGGAUAGCCUGUACAAAAAUGGGCCACAAGCUUACUACGAUAAGUAUGGAAAUCCACUGCCAGGAUAUACUCGAGUGCCGACAGCCAGCCGUCCACAUAUCAAAUACCGACACAGUUACCCACGCCCACCAUCAGGAUAUUGGGUGCCUGUAUCACCUCAUGACCCUCAAGAGUUAGAUCCUCCGCUGCCUGGAGGACUUGGUGUGCCUAGAUACUGGCCCGUAGCAUACCUUCAUAAAGGUCCCCCGCCAAACAUUACAUACUUCAGGUACAACGAAACAACUACAACUGAACGGUAUGAACCGUUACCGCCUCGAAACCCUCCUAGAGACAACCCGCCUUCAAGAGAUCCCGUUAAAGAACCUCCACCAGCUAGCGUACCCUCUAAAGAACCUCCCCCAUCUUCAGUUACAAAUAAAGCUACAGAGAAUCCCAAUAUUGGAGUAGAGGGUAGAAGUCAUAGAGAUGAAAAAACUAGAAACUUGCAAAAUGAUACAAACGACGAUAUAUUUCGUAUAGAUAUUGAUAAAUUGACAACUACAACCACUACUACUACAACUACUGUUAAACCUAAUAUAAUAUUAAAAGAUCCAAUCAUUCCUGAAAAUAAAGAAGAAGAUGUAAUCAAAACCAACAAUUCUAUUGUAGAAAUGAUUACGCCUGAAAAUGUAAAAGAAGAUAAAGUAAAUGAUAAUAUAAAAGGAAUUGACGACAAAUUAAAUGACUUCUCAUCAAUAGAAGUAUUCGAUAUUGAGGAUGCUAAAAAGGGAGAUAAGCUAUCUGACUUGAAAACUUUAGAGGCAGAAGAAAGACAAAUAGAGGCUAUAGGAAGAUUGUUGGCUUCAAGACGUGGCUCGAAACUAGUUUUAGAGAAACGUUCACAGAAAGACUUGGAAGCUAAGAAUAUUGCUAUUGAUAAAGACUUAGUGGAUUUCAACUUUGGAAAUAAAUUCCCCACUCCGGAAAGGAGAGGUGUCAUUCAAAGGGUAACAAAAGAUGAAAUAGAAAGAGAAAAAUAUAACGAUAAAAGUUUAGAAGUGAGCGAGACAACGUUCGUCAGACCUCCGCGGAUAUUAAGCACAACCGAAAACAUACGUAAAGCUAUUGUAAACGGAAAAGUAUUUUACGACGCAACUAUAAGAGAACAAAGAGAUAUAUUUGCAAAUAAUACACGAAAAGCGAAAUCUUUUAAAUUUUUAGAAGAUUCGAGAGCUCCAUCGAUCCUUAAUAACACCAGUUUUGGUAAAAAGAAGAUUAUUAUGGCUAGAAAUGUGAAUCCUGUUAGAAGAGUGAGAAGGGUUUACAGAAAGAGAUAUAAUCCAGGUGAAGUGAGGCGGAGAUUGUUGGAAAGAGAGAAGACUACGAAGGCGGAUGUCAUUUUAGAAACGGGUAGGAAAAUAUGAAAUCUCAACAAAUAACAAACAUUGUUAUUUUCGUCUCUUUUACACAUAUAAGAGUAGAUAAGGUUAGAUGCUUCAUGCAAUAAAAAUCAAAAUUGGUGAUAUUAUUAUGCGCUAAGUUUAUUAAUUUAAAUGGAAACGUUCAAUAUAUAAUUGUUCUAUCAUAAUUUAUAUUUACGAAAAGAAAUAUUAAAUUGCUAAAUAUGAAAAUGAGUAAAUACAAAUUAAUAAAAGAAAAAAUAAUAGAUUAUAUAAAUUACACAUUUAAUAAUUAAGUAUAGUUUACAUAUAAAUUGGCUCGGUGCAUUUUACGUAUUGUCAGUUUGACCACAAAAUUACAUACAUUUUGGGUUGAAAUGACGAUCCCUGCUUUAUGUUUAUAACAAUUAUAAUUGUUAUAUUUGGCAUAAAUCUAAAUGAUAUAAUUUAAAAAAAAUUCCAGAGAAAAAUGUAUUUUUUUUUUAUUUUUUCUUAAAUGUUUUAUUUAUUGAAAGUCUUUUUUUUAUUUAAUGUAUUGUACGUUUUAUUUGUAACAUUUUUACUUUGUGUCAUUUUGGUAUAUUGUUAUAUUUCAGUAUUCUAUCUUUUAGAUUUAACGGCACAUGUUAACAAUUAUUUUUAAGCUAUUUAUUUAGAUAAGAAUAAAAUUUGAAAUAAAUAAAAAAAUAUAUUAAUUUGUCCGCGGUGCGGUUUUUUUUAAUCAUACUGUUUAAAAAUCUCGAAGUCUUUGAACACGCCGACAUACAUGUAUUAAAUACUUAAAUGUGAUGUUAAAAGUUACCACAAAUUAAGCAAAAACAUACAAUUAACAUACAUAAUAUUAUAUUGUAUUUAUCUAUAAGAUAUACAUAAUGUAAGAUUGUAUGGAAUUCUAUAUAAUUA